UAAGCGACGCGCGAACCGUGUGGGGGCCGGGUUCUCGCUAGGCCGCAUCUAGGCCGCGGGGCAGAGCCCGCCUAUCCCGCACCACUGUAACCCUUUCUGCUUUGCCUGCUGGACUCCUGCUUCCCGUUCUCUGCCUCAGAGGCGUUUCUCAGAGUUGUGGAGCUGAUUGAAUAGUGAAGGAGGCCUGCGAGCUGUUUGCCUUUGCGGUGGUUCUCGGUUCAUUCCCCAGAACUGUGGUUCGCCUCAAAGAACUGAGCACAACGUGUUAAUUCUCAGCAGAGUGCGGAGGAAGGAUACGUGGCCCCUGCUGUACUGCAGCUAAUAGGUGGAUGCAGUCAGCAAGGAUCUUUGUGCUGGCGAAUCUCAGCUGCUCGGUGAGAGCUUGGCUGGACCAUGGAGCCCUUCUCACUUGCACAAACGAGUUCAUCUGUGCCACAGGAAAAAUUCCAUGUCCUGGUGGGUGUGACUGGGAGCGUGGCUGCCCUGAAACUGCCUCUCCUCAUCUCUGGAUUGCUGGAAAUCCCUGGGCUUGAAGUGAAGGUGGUGACUACUGAGAGAGCAAAACAUUUCUACAAGCCCCAGGAAAUUCCCGUCACCCUCUACAGUGAUGAAGAUGAAUGGCAGCUGUGGAAGGGCCGUUCUGACCCAGUCCUGCACAUCGAGCUCCGGCGGUGGGCUGACCUCAUGCUGGUGGCCCCUCUUGAUGCAAACACGCUGGCAAAGCUGGCAAAUGGUAUCUGUGACAACCUGCUGACUUGUGUCAUCCGUGCCUGGGACCUGCACAAACCCCUGCUGUUCUGCCCGGCUAUGAACACGGCCAUGUGGGAGCAUCCCAUCACAGCUCAGCAGGUGGAGCAGCUGAAAGGCUUUGGCUACACAGAGAUCCCAUGUGUGGUGAAGAAACUAGUGUGUGGGGAUGAAGGUCGUGGAGCCAUGGCAGAAGUGUGGACCAUAGUGGAGAGCGUGAGAAGGAUCCUCGAAGAACGGGGCUUGCCAGCACAGAGCUGAUUGCUUGCCAUGGGAAUUGCCUUCCUGGCAAUUCAGAGAUAAAACCGACAGGAAACCGAGUCGAGAUGGCGUGUGUCCCUGCAGCUCAACUGAAGGAGAGAAACGGUUGUGUUCCAGCUGGUACCAAACUGAAAUGUGGUACAGCACUGCAGACUUUUAGAAGCCUAAGCCAAGACCACGUUUCUUUAUUGUGGGAAAACCGUGGUAUCUCACAGAGGGGGAGUAACGUUCCUCCAGGCCAAGCAGCCCCGUUUGUUUCACCUGUGAUCCUUUCUGAGAAGGCUGCAGAAGGAAUUGCCCUUGUGUCCCCAGCCCAGCGUUGCCCCAAGGGCAGCUGGAGUGGUGUGCUUGCUGUCCUGGCAAUAGGAACGUGGGUGUGAGGACAUCCUUGCUCUCCAGCGUGGUCCUUGGCUGUGCUGCCUUCUCCUUUCCAGCAGGAGUCACUGUCCAAAAAGUGUUCUUCCCCUGAGAGCUUAAUAAAAAAGAGAGCUUU